AUGAUACUAAUAUUAGCCAAGAGUAUCUUGGCAUACAAUGGAGGCGCAAUAAUAGCCAUGAAGGGCAAAAACUGCGUUGCGAUAGCAGCUGACCGUAGAUUUGGUAUCCAAGCUCAAACCAUCACGUGCGACUUUGAAAAAAUUUUCGAAAUGGGCCCUCACAUGUACGUAGGAAUCCCCGGUCUGGCAACCGACGUCCAGACAGUAAAGGAGCGCCUGAGAUUCCGGCUAAACCUUUACGAGUUGAAAGAGAACCGCCGCAUGCACCCGAAGACUUUCGCGUCCGUGGUGUCCAACCUCUUGUACGAAAAGCGAUUUGGAUCUUACUUCGUGGAGCCGAUCAUCGUCGGAUUGGACCCGGAAACCUUCGAGCCGUACAUCUGCAACAUGGACUUGAUUGGCUGUCUCAAUGAGCCGGAAGAUUUUGUCGUAGGAGGCACUUGCGAGGAACAAUUAUACGGUAUGUGCGAGACCGUCUACGAGCCGGAUCUUGAACCGGAGGAUUUUACAUAA